ACUAAGUCGAACUUAAAUUUGAAUUAUUAAUUUUUCUUAAUAUUUUUAUUUGGUUGUUUUUGUAGAGCUUUUGUCGAGGUAAAGCCGGUACUCUUUGUUGAGGAUGACACAGACACCGAGGAAGUUGUUAAUGAUCAUGAUAUGUCUGACCUAAAACAUGCAGUGAAUCCAUUUGAUUCAUGCUUUCAACCAGAAAAAGGGCAUGAUGAAUGUCUUCAGAAGUGUGUUGUUCAUGGCAGAAUAUGUGCAGCCCUCUUAUCCAUUACAACUGAAAUUGCCGACAAGAUCUGUUCUAGCGUUGGUGAUAAUCUAAUUGUCACUGCUGAGAAGGAAUUAGAACGAAUUGCAAAAUUUUGCUUGUAUCGUCUUGAUAAAGUCCUUUCACAAAACUACUUCUCUUGGGAUGAUGUAAUUAAUCUGAGAAUUUACUUUCCUACAAGUUCCAACAUCUCCCAUGAAACAUUAUCACUCAUCAUCCAAAGCAAGUUUGACGAAUUUAGCGAAAAGACCAAAAAGGUGAAGACCUGUGAGGAACCCGUUUUCAACAUUGUGCCUGUGAUCGGCGCCGGUAGCUCUGCUACAUCCAUGGAUGAUAUAAUCACCUGUGAGCUAUUUGCUAGAAAAUCUUGAUACACCCCAUUAACUUUUUGGUCUACAAAAACCUGAGAUUUGUAGGGGUAACAUAUGUGGUAGUUCACAUUGUUAUUGUCACUUUAAGUAAUGUGUGUGUGUGUGUGUUAAGCUGCCUUUAAACAGAUGCUAUGAAAGCCAAAGAUCCUAGGCGCCAUCAAACGGAUGAUCGGUUGGUUAAAGCCGAAAUUGUGGCGAUUGUCACAUUUUGUUUGGUCAAUUUUGUCAUUAUGAUUUUGGCAUUCUGUGUAUUACCAUAUCAAAUAUUCGAGAAAUGAAGUAGCUCCACCUUAAUUUGGUUAAUGGUUUUGUUU